AUGGCCACCAGCUGCUCCGACUCCGCGAUCUCCAUGCGCCCCGCGCCGGAGCCUGCCGCGGCGGGAGGCUCGCCGGCCCCAGCGUCCGCCGCGCGCCGGCCGGGCGGCGUCGCCGCUGAGGUCCUCGUCGCCAAUCCGCCGGGUGCUCGACGCGCCCGCGCCAGUGGCGGCGCCCGCGCCGCCGGCAGGCUGGCAGUGGCCCGGCGGCGGCUGCGGCGCCGCGGGGCCCGGCCGCGGCCCCGGCCCGGCGCCGUGGCAGGCGGCGCCGCCGGCGCCGAUCGCCACGGGGGCGGGGCCGCAGCAGUCUCGCCUCUCGCUGGUGCCAGGCGCGCCGAGGCGCUGACAGCCGAUGCCGGCGUUCCCCAAACCGGGGUGUGCGCCGGCGGCAGGCGGGUGGG